AUGCUCGGAUUCUACGUUUCAAUAGUUUAUAAUCGGUGGACUAAAGUUUUCGAUAAUGUCGGUUGGAUUGAUACGUGAGUCGGGAAGAAGAAGAAGAAGGAAAAGCAAAAGUAUACAGCGCAUAAAUGUUUUGUCAUGUUGAGACGGCCGCUCGCUUCAUGUUUUGAUAGUAUCGGCUCAUAUUCCGAUGUUUGGAAGUGUAGAAAAGUAUGUGACAUUUCGCAACCUCUUGUUUCUAGUUGUGAAAAGUCUCGUCUGCAAAGUAAUCAGAAAUGUCUCAAUUACACUGGUCUACCGGGCAAGUAAGUGAGCAAUCGCGCUCAAAAAGUUGAAGUCUGAUAGAUUUUGAAACAACAAAGAACUGUAACCGAACUUUAUACAUCUUUCAGAUCCGCGCUGACAAUAGCCGCGUACAUCCGUGGCACUUCGGAACGUGCCCGUCUCAUUCGUCGCAACUGCGUCCGUUACAUGAUCGUCGCGCAGGCGAUGGUCUUCCGAGACGUGUCACCGGCGAUCCGACGAAGGUUUCCGACGAUGCGGCACCUGGUGAACGCGGGAUUGUUGUCCGAGGACGAGCUGAUCGAGUUCGACGCGAUCCAAAGUCCGCAGAGCAAAUACUGGCAGCCGAUCCAAUGGCUGUUUUCACUGGUCACGGUGGCCAAGGAGGAGGGCAUGAUCGCCGACACUUUCACCUAUAUCGACUUGAUUGAUGUGAGAGUUUGAAGGUUCACCAAAUACUUUGUCAUUCCGUGAAAAUCUUCAGAAAAUGCGCGACUUCCGCGUAAAGAUCUUGAAUCUAGUGAUCUUCGACAUGGUCCCAAUCCCCCUUGUCUAUACUCAAGUCGUCAAUCUGGCCGUCCGCACCUACUUCCUUUUGGCACUUUUCGGUCGACAGUUUCUGGAUACGAAUAAGGAUAUUCCGGGCGCCAAACACAAAUUGGACGUCUACUUUCCAAUUAUGACUUCGCUGCAGAUUGUGUUCAUUAUCGGAUGGUUGAAGGUGUCCGAAGUGAUGUUGAAUCCGUUGGGAGAGGACGACGAAGACUUUGAGACCAACUGGAUCAUCGAGAGAAAUUUGCAGGUACUUGGUGGGGAAACGAUAUUGUUCUUUAACAAAAAUCAGAAAUUCAGGUCGGAUACGCCGUUGUCGAUCAGGCGUACGGUAGAUUCCCGGUGAUCCAAAGGGAUCCGUUCUGGGAGGACGAACAUCCACAAACACUGGACACGCCCACUUCCACGAGGAAAGCUCACUCUCACAUGCAAGGCAGUUGUAUUAACAUGUAGGUCAAAGUUGGGUCUGAUCUCAGUAACCCAAUUUCUAUUAGGAAUGAAUCGGAUUUGGACAACGGCCUGAUUUCUUUCGUCCGCCGCAAAUCUCGUUCAAUCGACGACACCGAUGGCUCUUCUGUUAGUACAGACGCCACUAGAGCUAACAGGUAUACUGUAUUUACCGUAACUCGUAAAAUCAACAGAAACCGUACAGUAACGCCUCAAUGUUGCCACGUCACAUGUUCAUUCAACAACGCAGCAAGUUAUCGAAUGUGAUCUCAAAGUUUUACAAAUCCGAGCCCGAGCCCAGAAGGAAUAGUGUUUGUGAGUUACCGUAGAAAAUAUCAAAAAGCUGCCAACUGAUAAAAUGCUCUCAAAAACACAUUCUACACAUUUUAUCUGUUGACCGACUUUUGAUAUCUCUUUCGGGAAAUGAGAUAUACAUAUUAAUUUGAAUGAACGGUAUUUAGACUCUUUGAUUUUUACGCAUUUUUAGGUGUUGCCGCACUGGAUCUGAAUCACCGUAGACCGUCCGUGGACGACGUGGUCAUAGACGUUCCGGCGUUAGUGCAGGAGAGGAUCCGGAAUGCGAAGAAACAGGCGCAUGCGGUCAAAAUUGAAAUGCCCGAAGAGUCUGCGACGGCUACACCUCCACCGGAAGUGACGGCGGUGCUGAGCAUUCUGUUCGGGCUUCUGAUGACGUGACACUUUCAGACUUCUCCAACAGCCGCCAACAACGUCAAGUGGUUUGUGGAAGAAAUGCCAGUUAUCGAGGAGGAAGACGAGAAGUCGCAUCGCAAAACACCUCGGAAUCUCAGUGGCAGUGAGUUUCAACGUUGUUUGGAAAUCUGCAACUUUUUGGGUCUAUAGUUUCACCUACAAAAUACACAACUUUUCUCUAGUCAAAACCUUUCAAAAUCGCGUGUGAAAGUGAGCUGUGAACUCUUCAUUGUGCUCUCGAUGUUUGCUCAUUUGCAGGCUCCCUUGGCAACCGUCAUCAACCGAGCAGCUCAUGA